AUGGGAGAUACAAAUUUAUAUUAUAUUUUCUGCCUCCUGCUUCUCUCUCUCUCCCCCUCGUGUUUCUUUCUCUCUCUCUCCCCCCUCGUGUUUCUUUCUCUCUCUCUCCCCCCCCCCGUGUUUCUUUCAAUCUCUCUCUCUCCCCCCCCUCGUGUUUCUUUCAAUCUCUCUCUCCCCCCUAGUGUUUCUUUCUCUCUCUCUCUCUCCCCCUCGUGUUUCUUUCUCUCUCUCUCUCCCCCCCUAAAUGUUUCUUUCUCUCUCUCUCUCCCCCCCUCGUGUUUCUCUCUCUCUCUCUCUCCCCCCUCGUGUUUCUUUCUCUCUCUCUCUCUCUCCCCUCGUGUUUCUCUCUCUCUCUCCCCUCGUGUUUCUCUCUCUCUCCCCUCGUGUUUCUCUCUCUCUCUCCCCUCGUGUUUCUUCUCUCUCUUCCCUCGUGUUUCUCUCUCUCUCUCCCCCCUCGUGUUUCUUUCUCUCUCUCUCUCCCCUCGUGUUUCUUUCUCUCUCUCUCUCCCCUCGUGUUUCUUUCUCUCUCUCUCUCCCCUCGUGUUUCUUUCUCUCUCUCUCUCCCCUCGUGUUUCUUUCUCUCUCUCUCUCCCCUCCCCGUUUUUCUUUCUCUCUCUCUCCCCUCGUGUUUCUUUCUCUCUCUCUCUCCCCUCGUGUUUCUCUCUCUCUCUCUCCCCCCUCGUGUUUCUUUCUCUCUCUCUCUCCCCCUCGUGUUUCUCUCUCUCUCUCCCCCCCUCGUGUUUCUUUCUCUCUCUCUCUCCCCCCUGUUUCUCUCUCUCUCCCCCCCUCGUGUUUCUCUCUCUCUCUCCCCCCCUCGUGUUUCUCUCUCUCUCUCCCCCCUCGUGUUUCUCUCUCUCUCUCCCCCUCGUGUUUCUCUCUCUCUCCCCCCUCGUGUUUCUUUCUCUCUCUCUCUCUCUCUUCUCUCCCCCCCUCGUGUUUCUUUCUCUCUCCCCCCCUCAUUUCUUUCUUUCUCUCUCCCCCCCUCGUGUUUUCUUUCUCUCUCCCCUCGUGUUUCUUUCUCUCUCCCCUCGUGUUUCUUUCUCUCUCCCCUUUCUCCCCCCCCUCUCUUUCUUUUUUCCCCCCCCCUCGUGUUUCUUUCUCUCCCCCCUCGUGUUUCUUUCUCUCCCACCUCGUGUUUCUUUCUCUCUCUCUCCCACCUCGUGUUUCUUUCUCUCUCUCUCUCUCCCCUCGUGUUUCUUUCUCUCUCUCUCCCCUUCGUGUUUCUUUCUCUCUCUCCCCUCGUGUUUCUUUCUCUCUCUCCCCUCGUGUUUCUUUUCUCUCUCUCUCCCCCCCUCGUGUUUCUUUCUCUCUCUCCCCCCCUCUCUCUCCCCACCUUGUUUUUUGCUCUCCCCCUCCUGCUUCUCGUUCUCUCUCUCUCUUGCUUUUUUUUUUUAUAGUAUCAAAUCUGACAGUUCGGUUUCUAAACCCGACUCACUGCAACAGGGAUGUACACUUUCUUCCUCUCUUUGGUUUUCUUCUUUCUUUCCUUCUUCUUCUUUAUACAAUUCAGCUUAUAACAGAGGUAUACACUUUCUUCUCUGGUUUUCCUUUUUCUUUCUUUACACAAUUCAACUUGUAACAGAGGUAUACACUUUCUUCCUCUCUUUGGAUAUCCUUUUUCUUUUCUUUUCACAAUUCAACUUGUAA